UCAAUGAAAUCAGAUAAUUGCCGCCCGUCGAGCUCUUGUCAGGCUGUUGGAUUGCCGAAUACAUUUUCUGAGGAUAUUGAAUUUAAGUCACAAUCGUCUUCUACAAAUAUUCGUGUUCAACCAUAUAUAAUCAAUGCACCUACUUCAAUUGCUAGUCGUCGACUUUUUGAAGAACUUAAUAGUUUACGCGAGGCUCCUUUAAAACAUUGUCAUGCUUAUCCUAGCAGUGAAAGUAUAUUUAAAUGGUCUGUAGUUUUGGAUGGACCUCCCAACACAGUUUAUGAGAAUGGGACUUUUUUUGCUCAAUUGCUUUUUGGAGUUAAUUAUCCCUUUUCUCCGCCAGAAGUUGUCUUUCUUACAAAAAUUUAUCAUUGCAAUAUUAACAGGAGACGUUUAUUUGGGGUUGACUCGAAAUUGGAAAUCUACGAUGGGAGUGGUGGAUGUGCUUAAAAUGUUGAUUUCUCUGUUUUACUCCUGUAAUAC